UCUUCCAUCGAAGUGUCGCUCUGUUGACUGUCCUACAUAUACACCCUUCUCCUUCUCGCAUUAUCGAAUUCGCAUCACAUCUCGCAACCAAACAGAUCCAGAUCCCGGAGAUCGAGAGAGAGGAGAGAUGGCGGUGAAGCUGUAUGUUGAUCGCAUGUCCCAGCCUUCACGGGCUCUUCUCAUUUUCUGCAAGGCAAACGGGAUAGACUUUGAGGAGGUCCAGAUACAGAUUGCUAAAGGGGAGCAUAAAACUCCUGAAUUCGCAGCAAUUAACCCCAUGAAACAAGUGCCUGCUUUAGUUGAUGGAGACUUCAAACUGUUUGAAAGUCAUGCAGCUCUCAAAUAUCUUGCUGCUUCAAAUGGUGUUGCAGACCAUUGGUACCCAGCUGAUCUUCAGAAGAGGGCAAAGGUAGACUCGGUUUGCGACUGGCACCACUCUAAUCUACGCCGUGGCGCAGCCGGGUAUGUUUUUAAUACUGCACUUGCACCCGCAUUUGGCUUGCCUACCAACCCACACGCAGCGGCUGAAGCUGAGAAAGUCCUGUUGGCGUCCCUCGGUACACUCGAAUCCUUCUGGCUCCAAGGAAAUGGCGAUUUUCUACUGGGAAAUACCCAACCUUCCCUUGCAGACCUUAGCUUAGUUUGUGAACUAAUGCAACUUGAGGUUUUGGACGAUAAAGACCGGGAGAGAAUAAUAAGCCCAUACAAGAAAGUUCUGAAGUGGAUGGAUGAUGUGAAGAAAGUGAUUCAGCCUCAUUUCGAUGAAGUGCACACCACGCUCUUCCACGUCAAAGGGAUGUUCAAGCAGAAACGAUCUGCAGCAGCCGAGAAGUAAGCAAACGACGCAAAGAUAGGCAGCAACAGCUUGCUUGGAAUAUUGCUCAUUGCUGAACCUUCAUGGAUGAUUGUUGCCCCCAGACUGAUCUUUGUGUGAUCUCACUCCUCAGGAAUGCAAGCUUUUUCCUUGAAUAAUAAAUCCACAUUGUGUAGGUCUUUGCUGUUUUGAAACAUAUGUUAUGAAACAAUGCUGUGAAUGUGCUUAAUCUUAUCAAUAAAAGAUGUUUUGUGUGCUUUUAGCUUUUCAGGAA